AUGCACCUCACCGUAUCCGGAAUUGUUCUCCACGCUAUGCUUGAGCUCUCCAACAUUCUCCUCACAAUCCUCCUCACCACCAUCUUCUGGCGCAUCGCCGUAAGCGUCAUCAAACCCGACGAGUCGGACGCCGACAUCAUAUCCCUUGACGUAGCGGGCGACAUGACACUAGAAGUCCUCAAAGCCGUCAUUGAAAGCGACUCAAACAUACCCCCUUCCUCACAACGAUUAGUCUACAACAACCAGCUACUCAACAAUGAUACUCAAACGCUAGAACAAGUGGGAAUAUCAGAAGGAGAUAUGCUCUUGGUUCAUGUCGGGAUGGGUCGUCCUCAGGCCGCUGGACGGAGUUUGGGUGGUGGUCCUUCUUCGUCGGCUGCAGGGAAUUCACAAGCAUUGCAGCGACAACAACAACAACAACAACAACAACAACAACAACAGCCCUUGUUUGAUACCGAGACUCUCCGGUUAAACUUGCUAGGUGAUCCGCGUGUUAUGGAGACUGUGCGUCGACAGAACCCAGAGUUGGCAGCGGUUGCAGACGACCCUCGACGGUUUCAGGAAGUGCUACUUUCUCAAAAGCGAAGGGAGCAAGAGCUGGAACGUGAAAAGGAGGCCAAAAUUGCAGCUCUUAAUGCUGAUCCAUUUAAUGUGGAUGCUCAGCGAGAGAUUGAGGAGAUUAUUCGACAGCAGGCUGUCACCGAGAAUCUACAUAAUGCUAUGGAACAUCAUCCAGAGUCAUUUGGCCGAGUGACUAUGCUUUACAUUCCGGUUGAAGUCAAUGGAAAACCCAUCAAAGCUUUCGUCGAUUCUGGUGCUCAGGUAACAAUCAUGUCGCCCGAGUGUGCAGCAGCUUGUAAUAUCAUGCGCCUCGUCGACCAGCGAUAUGGAGGUAUUGCAAAAGGAGUGGGAACAGCCAAGAUCAUUGGACGUGUACAUUCGGCGCAAUUAAAAAUCGGUUCUAUGUUUCUACCAUGUUCUUUCACAGUCAUGGAAGGAAAACACAUUGAUCUCCUCCUAGGUCUAGACAUGCUGAAGCGCCAUCAAGCAUGUAUUGACCUGAAACGAGGCGCACUAGUCAUUCAAGACCAAGCAGUCCCCUUUCUAGGAGAAGCCGACAUCCCCAAGGAAUUCCAGGACGAAUUCGAGGACGAACCACUCAUUCGUGGAGCAGACGGUGCUGAAAUCGGCGCGCGCUCCGGCGCCGUCACACUUCAAGCCGAGAAGCCACCCGCACAACAACAGCAAACUCGAACAUUGGGCAGCGAGACAUCAACCUCACAGCAGUCGGCGUCUUCACGCUGGUCAGCGAGCUCAAUAAACAAGAUUACGGAACUGGGAUUUAGUCGUGAGCAGGCGAUAUCCGGUUUGGAUGCUAGUAAUGGCAAUGUAGAUCAGGCCAUUGAAUUCCUGCUUGGAGGUUGAUUCUAUGUUUUUUGUGUAUUAUUAUGGACCAUGAUUUGGAAAUUUAUGAGAUAGAUCAGCGAUAUGACAAUCAUUUUCACUGCCCCUUGGCCUUGACCUGUUGCUGUCUCUGUAAGAGCAACGCCUCUUUUACCUUUCCAUACAUGACAACAAACAACAACGCGGCUACAGAAGUUAGCUUUCCAUCCCACAGCAGAAAAUUACAGAUAUUGAGCGACAGCGAAGGACGGAAAAGAAACUUACAAAUAAGUAAAUACGGUCCAUAACACCCCGUCAGCCCCCAUUUAAUCGCC